AUGCAAGCACCCCGCAAGCCCUCACUCCCCCCCCAGAACGGCAGGGGUGAUCCCGGUCCACCCUUGGGAGGCUCGCCUGCUAUACUCGGCACACAGAGAGAGACCACGGAGACCGCAGGGAAACCAAGUGAGCCACCAAGUAUGGCGGACGCCACGUGGCACCACCACCCUGUCAACGAGCAAAGAGACCUAAUGGCCAGACUCGACAGAAUCUUUGACAAAUUCUGGCAGGACCUGGAGAAGAGGAGGUAUCACACCAUCUCUGAGCAGCAGAGAGCACACUCACCUUCACAGCAGAUUGUGUGCCCACAGCAGACACCCACGGUCUCGGCAAAGGUCCCAAAAUGGCGACGACGCAAAAACAACGGCACAUGGAUGGAAAACAGCCCGAACCAAGACUGGGUCUACUAA